CUUCGGCCACUGAGCCAAACGCUGCAUUAUCACCUCUGGGCCGUACGUGGAACGGCUGCAACGUUGGCGUUGCUACUGGCGAGGGUCAUAAGAGGCAAAUAUCACAGAUUUGCCGUCAGUGGAAGUAAGGGCGGGCCGCUGCUGUGCACUCGUCAGAAUGCACCCGAUGCCCGUGUGCCCCGUUAGCGGCGGAGACAUAUUUGACUGUAUACAGAGAGCAAAUACUGAGCAAUGCAUACAGUUCGUUCAAAACGAUCGAUCAGUCCUCAAGCAAAAAGGCUGGGGUGGUUUCACCCCGCUCCACUACGCUGCCCUCCAUGGUAACCGUGUCCUGGUUGACCUUUUCCUUAGUAAUGGAGCUGACCCCAACCUGACAUGCGAUGCAGGACAGACAGCCUUUCAUUUUGCCUGCAGACAAGGGAACAUAUAUAUCAUACACCAAAUGAUGCAGUAUGGAGCUGAUUUGCGCCUCAUAGACCUGCAAAGAAAAACGUCUCUGCAUCAUGCAGUCACCGGGGGCAACAUUGUUGCAGUGCACUAUUUGUGGGAGACAGGAAUGUUCCGGUUUUCGGACACGGACAUGUACCAGGUGACACCCCUACACCUGGCUGCAUCCACAGGCAACACAGAGAUGGUCCGGUAUUUGCUCAGAGACCAGAGAUGUGCUGUGGAUGCAGUUGACCAGCAGGGAGCGACAGCGCUUCACGUUGCAGCAGAGAGGGGUGGAGUGGAGGUGUGCUGGACACUGCUGCAGAGAACAGGGUGCAGGAUGCUCCAUCAGAAGAACCACAGCAGCCUCACACCACUGGAUCUCAGCAAACAGGGGAAAACAUUUAGACACCAGCAACUCACCAAACUACUGAGUCGGCACAUAAACGAGCCAAUACACCAAAAGCCCAGAGAGUCUCAUGUUUUAUAUUACUGGACACUAUUUUUUCCAACUCUGAGUGGAGCUGCCAUCCUGCUAAUAGCAGCCAUGUUUGGAGGCUAUGGGGGUCUAAUCUGCGGCCUGCUCUUCCCCUGGCUGGCCAGAAGCAUCUUCACACAGUACCACCGCAUGACCACAUACCAAAGGUUACCCAACCCGAUUUACUUGGGAACCCUCAUAGCUGGCUUGUUCCAUUCCCUGCUCUGCUUCUAUGGAAAAAUAACGUCUAGUGUGUGGCCAAACAGUCCUCUGGUCCAGGUGUCAAUGGUCCACCUCUCCCUAGUCCUCGGAUUAUUCUGUAAGGUUCUGACACAGGACCCCGGGACACUGGACAGAGCAGAUGCAGAUCCUCGAUUCUCCUGUAUCGCUGACCUGGUGGAGAACAACCAGAGCCCUCACAGGUUCUGUCCAUACUGUGAGUUGUUUCAGCCGGACUACGCUAAACACUGCAAGCUGUGCGAGGUGUGCAUCAAAGACUAUGACCAUCACUGCCUUUUCCUCAACCGGUGCGUCGGCCGGGGUAACCACCGCCUCUUCCUCCUCUUCAUCCUCUCCAUGGUGAUUGCCCAUCUUCUUUUUGUUGCCACAGCAACAAGUUACCUGUACGACAAGAUGCCGGCAGGUAGUCACAGCUUCUCAUUGUGGCUCGCAUUGUUAGGGGAGGAGUCCUGGGUUGUGGUCAUGAUGGUCAUGAACGUGUUGACACUUUUGUGGGAAGUGUGGCUACUGACCGAGCAGUUUGAUGCCAUUGCUAUGGGAACGACCACCUACUUUAGACAGUGUGAAAGCUCCGCACGGCAGAGGUCACUAGGACAGCGCUGGGUUAUAGUGCUGUCGUUUCUGCUGGAGGGUCGAAGACGGGUGGGCAGCGGACAAACAAGAGAGGACAAAACUGCCAUAGACAUUUAAAACUGUCGGUUUGUCUUGUGUGCAGCUGUUUCAUCAUUGCUCACUUACAUAUCUACAUUCUCAGUUUUGAGUCUUCGGUGUCAACUCAGCUUUGUGAUAAAGUCCUCUUUAGAUUCAGUAACUCUUUAACGCCAUAUAACAUGUUGUACUUGAAUAAAAAAUUUGGUCAUAUCUUAGUAUUCUAUUUUAAUAUACAGUAGGCUAUACAGUAGAUUCGUGAGCAGAUUUGUCCACAAAGUGGUUCACAGGAUAACACCCACUAAGAGUUUAGUCGUUCACCUAGUUUUUAGAGACCUCACUGAACACUUUUAUGAUAACAGCGUUUUUGACUAACUUGCUGGUUAACAUUGUUCUGUGUUUUAGCAGGAAAAACCUCUGAUAACAUGAUUGCUCACAUUCACAACUGUGUUUUUCUAUUCCACAUCCCCAUACUUUUUUAACAUCGUUGUUAUUGUUGCUUUAAAUAAAAGUGUAAGGUAUACUGCAGAUCAAAGCCUUGUGAAGAUUUGCGUACUCAAAACAUUAGCAAGUUCUGUGAUUAGCUAGUGAUAAUGGUUAAUAGCAUGUGCACUGAAUGACUUUGUUCCUAACAUAAUGUCAUUACCUCGGCGACCUGCUGCCAGUCAUUUGUGCCAUGACACUUCCUCUGCUCUCACUAAUGGGACAUGCUCUUUUCAUGCCUUCAAUUACACACACUCAUUUCCUAUGUGUCCCCCAGGACCAUAUUUCUAGAUUAUAGAUGAUGUUCGCCACACCCCUCAGAGGCUGGUGUGUCUGGACUAUGUGAGUGGCUAUGUCAUGUGAUAUAAUUUAGUGUCUACUGUGCUGCCUGUUGUGCAUAUGGAGUGGUUAAGAUGGGUGCAUGUAAGCCUGUGAAACUGAGUGCUUUUACUGUAUUUCUCCAUCCCUGGAUCAGUGUUAUUGCAUCUAACUGGCUGCCACUUGUCGAUAUCCCAGUAUAUUUUACAUGUACUGAUGUAUUUUAUCUGUGGUGAAACAGUUUAUUUUGGUUUCCAAGAUGAUACCCCAUUUGUGCCAUGAUGUGUUUUCUA